AUGAGGCUCCAGACUUUGCCGUUCCAAUACCCGAAGCUUCGGCCGGAUGAACUUAACAGAGGAAUCGCCAAUGGCGUCCUCUGCAUCAUCCUGCUGUCGGCCUCCAUCGCCGCCUCGCUCAGGCAGCUGACCCACCUCAAGAGCCACGCCGAUGUGGCGCGCCAUGAUGGUGGCAGCGAUAUGGCAGCGGAUUACCCGUUUCUGAUACCAGCCACAUCUCUUGCUGCGGCAACAGACGAUAUGCUCUCAAGUUUGCAGUUCCACGGUGUACUGCUGCUGUACCUGUUCGCCCUGUCGUCCUGCUUGCCGUUUGAGCCGUCACACCGCGGACGCCGAGACGGCGACGGGGCUCACGGCUACCCUCGCUUCGUCGACGUCCAGCGCCAAUGCCAGUCCGUGCUCUCCUCAGCCGUCGAGCUACGCUACGCCUACAGCGCCCGAUUCCCGGACCGCUUGCCUUACCUUCGACAACAGCUGGAGCGUGAGCUCUCCUUCGAGAAGGGUGACUGGCGGCAGGACGCCGGCGACGCACACCUGCUGCCGUUCGAUGGCAGCGACGCGACGGAAGGCGCUCCUGCGCCGCCGGACCCUCUCCGCCUCGCGACCUUCGUGCUCACGCACGUCGACGUCGAGCGCAUCGGACGGGCCGCCGUCAACAUCAGCGGCGUCCUUGUGCUUUCCAUCGCCAGGGAGAGUGCCGAGGACGAGAUCAGACCCGGGGCGCGCGUACCCGCCGCGUCCCCGGAGUUCGAGAUCCUGCCGGGCAGCACGAAGGUCAAGAUCCUUUUCGAAGGUGUCUACACGGAAAAGCUGGAGGGCGGUGGCGGCGACGACGGCGAGAGGGUUCUGUGCAUGGUCGGGAGCGCCCUUCUCCCGACGCGCAGCACCGACACCAACCUCCGGCCGCCGGUCAUCGCCGACAACAACGUAGUGCUCGUGGUAAGGUACCCAAAAGAGCUCACACUGACGACCCGAGCGGUGCACGGCGAGAUGUGGAGCACCAAUGCCGUGUCGGACGGUGCCUACUUUGACGCGGUCCGGCUGAUGUCAAAGGUCGGCGUGUACAACAUGCCGUACCGGUACCCGUCGGACGAGCUGGUUGCCACGGCGUGCAGCCCCUGGCCGGCGAGCGACGCGGUGGCCGUGGCGAGCCAUUCCGGCGAGCUGCACAGGGGAAUCACGAUCUGCGAGGUGCUUAAUCGCUUCCCCGCUCAUGCGAACACGCUCACCGUUGUCCCAAACUGGCAGUGCAGCUCGAAGGAUCAGCCAUGCCGACGGCUAGGGCCUUUCGAGGCGUUGGCCUUCGAUGGCGACGCCAUUGCGCUGCAGGACUUCCAGUGCCGCCCGUCGAGCGAUGUGGACGGCAGCGAGUUCUCCGCGAGGGUGUGGGGCGUGUUCCGGGCCUUGUCUCCACGGGAGAACCGGAUCACGGCGUUCAAGCGGACCAAGCUUGACGGCACGACGCUCGCCGCCGAGGGCGUGUGGAAGGCCUCGGCGGGGCAGGCCUGCAUGGUGGGGUGCCUCGCCGGCGGCAGGAACGCGUGCCGCUACCGUGUGUGCCUGUACGUCCCAACGACGUUCUCGAUCACCCGCCGCAGCAUAAUGCUCGGGCGAAUCACCCGCAUCGACGCCGGCGACGGCGAGGAGGGCCCCCGCCCCCCGCUGUUGUUCGAACAGCGGGUGCCUUCGAUGCGGCUCUGGGGCCUGUCCGACGUGUUCCCCUUCCGCAUGGCGUACAACUACACGAUGGUAAAGCAGGCCAGCGAGUUCCUUCGGCGGAGCGGCUCGGCGUUCAGUGCCCGCGACAUCGUCGCCAGGUCGCUGUGCUUAUCCUAUCCAAAGAAGGACACCGCCGACAACGACGAAGAGACGAGCCUGUUCCGUCUCGGCGACGAGCUUAUGCUCCGGUUCACCGCCGUGCCAGAUCUGUUUCCAUCGGAAUGGAUCGAGAACCCCUUGCUUCUCCUGGAGAUGCUCUCCGUCGAGCAGGCAGUCGGGCCGAUCGCGCCGCCGUCAUUUUGGCACCCGUCCACGGUGGCAAGCCAUCACGGCAAGGACAAGGAACCUGCAGGCACGGGACGGCGACCGCUGCUGAACGUCUCUGCCGAGCUCAGGAUCGUCGGGAAGCCUUUCGGCUGGGUGACGGCUCUGUCGCUGGAGGGCGUGUACAACCCAGAGGACGGCCGUAUGUUCCUCAUCGGCUGCCGGGAUGGCCGCCGGCUGCCGGGGCGCAAUGUAUCGACGAGCAGGGACCUCGAGGAAAGAAGAAUGGACUGUUCCGUGGAGGUGAAGGUCGAGUACCCGCCGACGACCACGAACUGGCUCAUCGGCUCGACGGCGAAGGUUCACCUAGCCAGCACAAGAAGCGCCGGCGACCCGCUGUAUUUCGGCGCGGUGAGGCUCGAGGCGUUGCCAGUCAUGUACCAGAAGCAGUGGUGGCACGUGCGUUCCACUGGAGUCAUCGACGGCGUCCUCUGCAUCGUCGUGCUGUCGAUCACCAUCGCCGCCUCACUCGGCCAGUUGCGCCACCUCAGGUCCCACGCCGACGUGGCGCCGUACGUCUCGCACGCCAUGCUCGCCGUCCAGAUCGUCGGUUACGGCGUGCCGCUGAUCACUGGCUUCGAGGGGCUCCUCGAGAAGGUAACAUUUGGCUCCCAGGCGGCAGCCAACCCACCGCCGUUCUGGGCCACGUCCUACGCCUUGGCGGACGGUGCGGCCGACCCGUACCGUGCCGCUGCCAUCGAUCAGAUAGCGAGGGCCCUCAUCCUCGCCGCGCUGCUCCUCACGCUGCGCAUCAGCGACAAGGUGCGGCGGAGCCGGGCGCGCUCGCCGACCGACCGGAAUGUGCUCGUGUGCAGCUACGGAGCGCCUCUGGCCGCUAUCGCUCUCGCCCUGGCGCUGAACGGGGAGGCCAUGUCGGCCGAGCAGCUCGUCGCGCUGAUGCGCGACCUGUUCCUGCUCCCGCAGGUGAUCGGCAACGCCGUGUGGCGCGUCAACUGCAAGCCGCUCGCGGAGAGCUACUACCUGGGCGUCACCGCCGCGCGCGUGCUCCCGUACGCGUACGACUACGUGCGCCCGCCGGCGGUUGAUCCGCACUCCGACCAGCUGUACUCCGACGAGUACUUGCGCAUGCCCAAGCUCGUCGACUUGGUGGUUCCGGUCGUCGCCGUCGUGCUCGCGCUCGUCGUGUACGUGCAGCAGAGGUGGAAUUACGCCAUUGUUAGCAGGAUGCGUAAUGGGGAGCAGAAGAAAUUGCUGCACAUAUUCUAG